GCUUAUUUGUUGCUUGUUCAAGGUGGUAACGCCACCCCAGCUGUUGCUGACAUCAAGACCGUCUUGGAGGCUGCUGGUAUUGAAGCUGAGGAGUCCAGAAUCUCUGCUUUGUUGGAGUCCCUCGAGGGUAAGACCUUGGACGAGGUUAUUGCUGCUGGUAACGCCAAGUUGGCUUCUGUUCCAACCGGUGGUGCUGCUCCAGCUGCUGGUGCCUCUGCUGGUGCCGCUGCUGAGGAGGCCGCUGCUGAAGAAGAGGAGGAGGCUAAGGAGGAGUCUGACGACGACAUGGGAUUCGGUUUGUUCGAU